GUGAAUAAUUGAUCAUAGACUCGUCGGUGCUAAUUUUAUCUCCUCCUUUUCCCCACACACUAUCCCCCUCUCUCCUGCUUUUUCUCUCCUCUGUAAAGAUAUGUCAUGGCUAGUCACCUCCAUCGCUAACUCUCUCAAGCUAGACGACUACGAAGACGAUGCCACCACCGCAAAUUCCGGUGAAAAUCCUCCAUUACGACCUAAAAACCCUAAUAAUGCGGACGAUCACCAAACCCACAGCCGCCGGACGGACUCAUCCGAUUCAUCCUCACCGCCGGAUCAUCAAAACACCACACCUCGUGGCGUCAAAGACGACCUCUCCGAGUUCUCCAAAACCCUAACUCGACAACUUUGGGGAGUCGCCUCUUUUCUCGCUCCUCCUCCACAGAUCUCCGAUCGCGAUCCGCAAAUUAACGAUUCCGAGGAUAAUACCGGCGAUCUUGCUGGAAUUACAGGGAUUCGUAAUGAUUUGUCGGAGAUUGGCGGGAGGUUUCGGUCCGGAAUUUCGAAGCUCUCGACUAAUAAGGCGGUUUCCGGAUUUUCGAAGAUCGCUUCGAAUAUACUGCAGUUUGCUUCGGAGGAGGAAUUGUCGAUUGAGGAUUACACUCAACGAGGUGUCAUUGGUGUCACGGAAGAGGUGGUUUCAUUUGCUAGGGAUGUUGCUAUGCAUCCUGAGACUUGGAUUGAUUUUCCUUUGCCUGAGGAUGACGAGGAUGAAGAUUUUGACUUGUCAGAUGCUCAGCAAGAACAUGCAUUGGCUGUUGAACGUCUUGCACCUGAAUUGUCUGCCUUAAGAACUGAACUUUGCCUAGGCUACAUGAAUGAGGGCUCCUUUUGGAAAAUUUAUUUUGUGCUUGUGCACCCUAGACUUAGCCGUCAAGAUGCUGAAAUCUUGUCUACACCACAGAUUGUGAGAGCCAGAGCAAUGCUAACCCAAGAGCUCCAUAGCCGUGGUAAGCCGUAUGACGCUAGAAAUGUCAAGAAAUCUGCUGAUGUUACAGAGUUUUCGCAUGAAGAACACCCAUCUACUUCAGUAGCUGAUCGGUCUGAGUCCAUCCCAGUUGAGAUACUCGCCGUUGAGCCAGCCUCUUCUACAGUGACAGACGCCGUUGAAAUAGACAAACAUCCAAUCACUUCCACUGAAACUCCCGUUAUCGACAAAGCAGUUGUUAACGAAGUCUCUAAGAAUCAAACAGCAAGCGAGGGUCCAACAACAUCCACCAUCGACGAGGAAGUUUCUUCAAAGAAGCAAAUGGACAUUAAAACACCAAAACCAGACACUCCUAAAACAACCAUAGAUAAAAAAGAUGACGAAGAUGUAGACGAUUGGUUGAAAGAAGAUAGUACUGAAGAAGGAGGUCAACCAUUCAAGGGAACUUCGUCAACUUCCUAUCAAGUACCAAAUAAUGAUGAUGAAGAUGUAUCUUUUAGUGAUCUUGAGGAAGAAGACGAUGUUCCCACAAACUACAAAAAAGAAUCUAGUGAUUGGAUUAAGCUUAGCGGCGGCCGUUCCGCUGAUUCCUCCAAGGAUGUUAUUGCCAACAAGAGUAAGGAAUCUAAUGACUGGCUAGAUAUUGAAGAUUUUGAUGAUGCUUGAUGUCUGUUAUAAUUUUUAUUUUUUACCUUCUUAAUCGGCAUUGUGUGUUAUUAUCUAACUUAAAUUGUCUAUGGUUUAUUUCGUUCUCAUGGUCGUCCUAUGUAAAUAAUGUAUUUUUAAUUUACGUCUUAGUUCUAAAUUUCUAAUGGAAUGACGCUUUUAUCAGCUGUAAAACGCGAUAAAAGAAAUGGUCAAUGUAAAUCCCUGUUGUAUAUGGUAUUUCUCGUCUUGUUUGUUAA